CAUGCAUUCAUUCAAGAUCAUCGCUCUUCUUCCAUUUGCGCUCCUCGCAGUCGCUUCUUUUGCCAGCGCCACCUCUACCGUAGAGAGCAGCAGCGCUCUAGAGCCGCGUCUAGCUGCAGGAGUCGGCAGGGCAGCGGUUCAGAUCGGCAAGGUAUUGGCAAGGAUCGUGGAAGAGGUCAUCAAGGAUGUGGAAGCGGACAAGGUCAAGAGGGCAGAUCAAGCUAGGGAGACUGUAGAUCGCAUGGCUCGCGAGUAUCCCGAUACGAACUUUUUGGCAAGUCAUGUGGAGAUGGACAACAAGUUUGGAGGUGUGGAGAAGCAGGAUUGGGCCCAUGAUCACUUCGAGGUCGAUAUCAAGGUGGGAGGAACGAUCGGGUUCGAACUCUGGGGCUUUCAAGAUGCGGUCAUCAAGCGCAAAGGAGACGGCGGUGCGCUCAAUUGGGCUUGGACCGGUGUUCUGGAAAAGGAUCCGGAGGAGAAUGGUUCGCUGCUCACGUUUGCUCGACGCAAGCAUUAAGAGCCACCGUUGCCCACGCUAUGCGGCCACGCUUGGCUGAUACCGCACACGGACUACGUGGUGUACUUGAUAUCAUUCAAGUGUGAUGAAAACUCAACCACAGCACACGAGUGAAUCUCUCUCUCUCUCUCUCUCUCUCUCUCUCUCUCUCUC